AUGUCUGAUCCCAAGCCCGUGGUGGAAAGCCCUCCAGAAAGGCACUCUGAGAAUGGUUCUCAAUCUAGCGAACCAUUCUCUGACAGCCUCGUUCCUGCAGUAGAAAAAUCCGAAAACGGUGGAAUUGCAGCUGACGGUCCUCGUGAACUAAAAGAAAACGAGUGUUACGAUAAGCUGGCCUACUCAUGGCCACGUUGGAAGAAAUGGACCUACCUCAUGGCUGUCGCCUGCGUGCAGGUGUCCAUGAAUUUCAACACCUCGGUUUUCCCCAAUGCAGUCAUUCCCUUAUCCGAAGCGUUCGACAUUAGCCAACAACAUGCUCGUACUGGCCAGAUGGCCUAUCUCGUGACCUAUUCUAUUGGAUGCGAGCUUUGGGCACCCUGGAGUGAGGAGUUCGGUCGCUGGCCUAUUCUCCAGCUCUCCAUGUUUCUCAUCAACAUUUGGCAAUUUCCUGCAGCCUGGGCUCCUAACUGGGGUACCAUAGUUGUUGCGCGUGCCUUGGGUGGAAUCUCCACUGCUGGCGGUAGUGUUACCCUUGGUUUGAUUGCCGACGUCUACGAACCCGAUGAGCAACAAUUUCCCUUGGCAUUCAUCGUUUUCUCUUCUUGCAUUGGUACCAGUAUUGGUGGUGUUAUCGGUGGUCCAAUUCAACGAUUCCUUAGCUGGCAAUGGUUCUUCUGGAUCCAGCUUAUCUUCGGAGCCGCAACACAGGCUAUCAUCUUCUUCAUGCCCGAGUCCCGUUCAACAAUUCUUAUCGACCGUGAGGCUAAGCGCCGCCGAAAGACCGGAGAAGACCCCAACGUUUACGGACCCAAUGAGCUCAAGAAGCCUCGCGUUUCUCUCAAGGAGGCUGGCAAGAUUUGGAUGCGUCCCUUCCACAUGCUGCUCCGCGAGCCUAUUGUUUUCUGCCUUUCUCUUCUAUCUGGUUUCUCUGAUGCUCUGAUCUUCACCUUCCUGGAGAGUUUCACAACUGUCUACGAGCAAGGUUGGGGUUUCGGCACUCUUGCGGUUGCAUGGGCCAUCAUCCCCAUUAACCUUGCCUACCUCCUUACGUACAUCUCCUACUUCCCCUGGUUCUGGAGAGACAAUUUCAUCCGCAAGAAGCAUGGAAGCGAUGCUUUGUCACCCGAGCGCCGCCUUAAAUGGCUUCUGUGGCUGGCUCCAUUCGAGCCUAUCGGUUUGUUCGGUUUCGCCUGGACAUCUUUCGGAAAAAAGCGUAACAUUCCAUGGAUCGCAUCUAUGAUUUUCUCGACAAUGGUCGGUAUCGCCAACUAUGCGAUUUACCUCUCAUCGGUCGACUACAUGAUCGCCUCUUAUGGUGUAUACUCUGCUUCUGCGUGUGGUGGUAACGCAUUUGCUCGUGAUCUGCUUGCCGGUAUCUCUGCAAUGUACGCGACACCAAUGUACAGCAACAUUGGAGAUAAAUGGCAUGUCCAGUAUGCCAGUACUAUCUUAGGUUGUCUUUCCUGCUUGGUUGUGGCUCCUAUCUAUGUCUUCUACUGGUAUGGACCUCAGAUCCGUGACAGGAGCAAGUUCGCCAAGUCUCUUGCUGCCGAUCGUAAGGAGAAUGGUGGUCGACGUGUUAGCAAGCCCUCAUUUGAGCCUUGA